GAUAAUUAGAAAAUGAUUUGGGGAAGUUUAGGAAACCAUAAAUAAUCAAGGCUGAUUCGCCCCAGGUCAUUUAUUUUGAAUACUUCUUCCCUGUCUUUCUUAUCGUCAUAUUUACAGCGUUUACAUGCUCUUCGAGCAGCUCGGUUAAUAAACUGUGAUAGGUUAGGUUGUCUUUCAAGACCACCGGCAGAGACUGCGACGUAGGGAACAGGGUAAGGUGCUGAUGGCAUAUGUGUGAUUAAGGCUUCAUUGAGGAAUUAGAAAAACCUAACUCGCCGGGUGAUGGAGAGUCAUGCCUUCACCUCGAAGCUUCCAGAGGCAUCUGAGAAGAGGUUGCCUCGAGCUAUCAGCUUUUCCGAAUUGCCCACGAGGCGUAGAGUUAUUAUUCAACAGGCUGAGGUAUCUGGGGAGCUUGUGAGGCAGUACAGUUGCGAACAGAUUUAUGAUAAAGCUUCCAAUACUAGACAAAUCAACUUUAUAACAUCAGUAACAUCGAAAUUAAAUCCAAAAAUCAGUCACUGGAAGCCUCCAUCAGAAAACAUCAGCUGGCACCAGAGGCUAGCCUCUCUCUCACUGCAACCGAAACACCAUCGACAACAGCUUGAGAUUGAUAACAACAGUCGCAGAACUAGCAAUUCGCCAAAUAAACCUUCCCAGCCUCGACACAGGUCUUCAUUUGGAUUGACUUCGGCCUGCCGGCUCCAAAUGACUCCCCCUGAAGCAUCUGCUCACCCGUCAGGACAAUCGCCCCCAGACAUUCCCGAAAAGAGCUUGGAGUUCUCUGAAAGGACGACCAAACUCCGACCUUUAAUAUCCACGGAGUUCUCCAAGCCUGUCAGGCGAGGAUCGACUAUGAAUAAACUCAUUUUUUUCGGUCUGAUGAGCGCUCUAGUGCUGAUCGUCUCGACACUAAUAUCAGAUUACAAUCAGAAGCCCUUGGACUUCACGAAUACCACAGCUGAGUUGAGAAAAAAUGUCUUGGGACAGACUGAAGCAGUGGAGACGUUGGUCGGUCAUUUUCAAUCGAAUUUCGAUGAUUUUACAGUUGUGAUUUUGCUGGGGGGUAUAGGGGUCGGUAAAACCUAUACAGCGAACAUAAUAAAGCAUAAUUUCCCCUACAAAAACAACAUCUUCGAGUAUUAUGCGCCGAUAACGAACCCGAUUGCCUCAGCUUAUGAAUCUUUGUCUCAUUUUCUUUGCAAUCUGGUGAUCGUGGAGAACAUGAAGACUGAAGACGCGAAGGACUUCGUGAAUUUCGCAAAGUUCAUUCAAGGACAGGAGACACGUCCUUGUAUGAUUAUCCUGGGGGUCUUGAACCCGCAGGUGACUGAUGACGGGUUGAAAAGGACUAUGGAUCUGGAGAAGACGAACGACGAGUUGGUGAAUUUGUUUAGGGAGGAGGGGAUUAAGGGGACUGUCGUCAGGUUUGAUUCCCUCGGACCUGAGAUCAUUGGAGAGUGCGUGAUGAGGGAAGUUAGGGACACCGGGAUGACACUGGCUGACGGGGAUUAUGAGGCUAUAAAAUCGCAGUUAUUGCGGAUGGAUUGUGGCUGCAAGGGUGUGCGGGGAAAAAUGCAUAUGUACAUAAAAAAAGAUGUUUUGUGAUAGACGAGAUAUUAUGUUUUUGUUGACGAAUUGUUUUGAAUUAUUGAGAGAAUAGUUCUGAUUUUUCUAAUGAUGGUGUCCGUAGAAUGUUGAGUGAUCCAGGAGAUGAUGUAGAAGUGAAGGAACAAUGCCAUCGUCGAUCAGCGACAGAAAUAAUGUUAUGAUGUGAACGUAAAACGAAUUAUAAUAAUUAAUAGUUAAUUAACUAUUUGUUCUAAUUUUAAUGAACUAUCCUCCUCUAUUUAUUGAUACUAUAAUCCUUACAUAAGUACGAUAGCAAUAAAUAAACAUGAUAUUUUUUCGAAA